UCGUGUCAACAAUAUCUCAUUGUCUCUCUUUUCUAUCUUUUUGUCUUUCCUUCCCAUGCGCAACGAAGAAGCUUUCAUCCCCCAAAAAUCUCUUUUCGACUCGGUCAAUAAUAAACAAUGGAAUCAGUUAAGACCUCCAGGUUCAUCACUGAGGUGGCUCCGGCUAAGUUUAUAUCGGCAACGAGAGAACCAUUCAAGAACAUGUUGACAACAAUCUCCGAGGAAGACUUUGAUUUUGAAGAACUAGUCAGAGCCACUGCAGAGAGACUCUCUUCUUCUUGUCCAUGCUCCUCCUCCUGGUCUCUUGCUCAUUACGCCAAGAUCAACAGACUCUCUUCUUCUUAAAUACCAUUCAAUUGCUACUAUCCCAAAAUGCAUUUCCUUAUUUCAAUAAAACCGAAGAAACCAUACGUUUCUUGGCCCAAAUCAACUUUAAAGAGAAUCCAUUUUUUUUUGGAAUCUCUUCAGCAUCAGAAUAUUUUUUUAAUCUAUUUCUCGUUGUUGAA